AUGGUUCCUCCAAGUUCUGACAAAAAGGUAAAGAGUGCUGCUGCUGCUGCUGCCACUGCUACUACGAAUUCCAGAUCUGUUAAUACGUCGAAGCUUAGCGAGAAGUCCAAUGGUCCAUUGGUGUAUACGCCUUUAUCUGAGAUUCCCAAAGGGGUUGAGAGAUUGACCAGGGCAUUUCACGAAAAGCAAAAGACCCAUUCGAUUCAGUUUAGAUUGAAUCAAUUGAGAAACUUGUAUUUUUUACUUAAGGAUAAUUCUGAAGCCUUGUGUGAUGCCUUAUCAAAAGAUUUCAAUAGGUCUCCUUCUGAGACCAGAAACUUGGAGCUUGCCGGGGCUACAAGUGAGCUUCUCCAUGCCAUGUCGAGUUUACAUAAAUGGGUUAAACCAGAAAAAGUGACUGAUUUACCAUUGACUGCAAGUUUGAAUCCAGUUUAUAUUGAGAGAAUACCUUUAGGGGUUGUUCUUAUUAUUUCUCCAUUCAAUUAUCCAUUUCUCUUAUCGUUUAAUUCGAUUGCUGGUGCAAUUGCUGGUGGGAAUGCGGUUGUUUUCAAACCUUCGGAAUCAACUCCUCAUUAUUCUCAACUUUUCACUUCUUUAUUAACUCAAGCUUUAGAUCCAGAUAUCUUUUACGCAGUUAAUGGUGCCAUUCCUGAAACCACGGUUGUUUUGGAUCAAAAAUUUGAUAAAAUCAUGUACACUGGUAACAACACCGUGGGUACCAUUGUUGCUAAGAAGGCUGCGGAAACUUUAACCCCUGUAUUGUUAGAAUUGGGUGGUAAAUCUCCUGCUUUUAUUUUGGACGAUGUUAAAGAUUCAGAUUUAAAAGCCAUUGCUAAUAGAAUUGUAUGGGGUCGUUUUGCUAAUGCCGGUCAAACUUGUGUUGCUGUUGAUUAUGUCUUGGUUCAUGAAUCGGUUAAACAAAAAUUGAUUAGCAAGAUUGAAUCAGUUAUCAAGGAAGAUUUUUAUCCAAACUUGACUAAAGAUGAUCCUUCUUAUACCCAUUUGAUUCACAAUCGUGCUUUUAAUAACUUAUCCAAGAUUCUUGACACCACUAAAGGUGAUAUCAUUGUUGGUGGUGAAAGAGAUUCGGCCUCUAAUUAUAUUUCUCCAACCGUGGUUGAUAACGUUGAUUGGAAUGAUUCAACCAUGCAACAAGAACUCUUCGGUCCUGUGUUACCAAUAAUAACCUAUUCUAAUUUAGCAGAUGCAGUUACAGAAGUUGUUAGACGUCAUGAUACUCCUUUGGCUCAAUACAUCUUUACCAGUGGAGCCACCUCGCCCCAGAAAAAUGAACAAGUUAACCUUAUUUUCAAAUCGAUUAGAUCAGGGGCCCUUUUGGUUAACGAUGUCUUGAUGCAUGUUGCCUUGGCUAAUGCUCCUUUUGGUGGUAUUGGUCAAUCCGGUUUGGGUGGUGGUUAUCAUGGAUUCUUCUCAUUCCGUACUUUUACCCAUGAAAGAACGGUUAUGGAAAAUGACUUGAAAGUUGACUUUGCCCUCGCUUCUAGAUACCCUCCUUAUAGCUCAAACAAAGAUGGGGCUGUUUCCGCUGCUCUCAUUCCUUAUAAUGAUGUCGCUUGGUUUAAUAGAACUGAUGAUGUUAGAAUUAAUGGUCCUAACCCAAUUUGGGGUUUCUUUCAUACCAUCGCUGGUGUCGGUGGCUUGGUAAGUGCUUUCAUCAACUCUAGAAAAGCUUAG